UACAGAGAAUUUUUAACAGAAGUACUACGGUUCCUCUAGGCUCUAGGGUUUCUCUUCCCUUUGAAUUCUUUCUACUGAAAACGCUAGGGGAGCGGUUGCUUCCAACUUUUUCCCUCUCCGCUCCCAUCUCUUCCAUUUCCGUUCGCUUUCUCUGCAAUUUCCCCACGCUUUGUCCUCCUUGCUAAACUGAUUUCUUUUUCAAAUCCCUCUUUCUUCUUUUCUCUUUCCGUUUACCCUCACUGAAGUUACGACUUUGCUUCCCCAAUCCCAAUGCAGCUCCCUGACUCCAGCGACAUUGAUAACAAGCCCCUGGAGAACCCGGACCAAGAACCCAACCUACAAAAAGGCGAAAGGGAUAGCGACCAAAAUAACAACACCGCCGCCGUUACCGGAGACAUUGACGGCGGGGGUGAUAACAAAAACGCUGGUGGUAAUGGUAGUACGGAUGAAGACUCGGUUCUUGAUGUUUCUGGGAAAAGCGUGGAGUUUUCGAUAUUAGGAGACUCAAGGGAUUCCGUUGAUGGGCUUUAUUUAUACAAGAACGUGUUCAAUUUGAUUCCUAAAUCGGUUGGGGCGUUUAGUCGGUUAAGGAAUUUGAAGUUUUUCGGAAACGAAAUUAAUUUGUUUCCAUCGGAGGUUGGGGGUUUGGCAGGGUUGGAGUGUUUACAGGUUAAGAUAUCGUCGCCGGGUUUUAAUGGGAUGGCUUUAAGCAAAUUAAAAGGUUUGAAAGAGCUGGAACUCAGUAGGGUUCCGCCUAGGCCUUCGAUUUUGACUCUGUUGAGUGAGAUUGCUGGGCUUAAGUGCUUGACCAAACUUUCUGUUUGUUAUUUUUCUAUCAGAUACCUUCCUCCAGAAAUUGGAUGCUUAAAGAAUUUGCAAUAUCUGGAUCUUUCAUUCAAUAAGAUAAAGAGUUUGCCUAUUGAAAUUAGUUAUUUGAAUGACUUGAUUUCAUUGAAAGUUGCCAAUAAUAAAUUGGUCGAACUACCUUCAGGCUUGUCCUCAUUACAAAGAUUGGAGAACUUUGACUUGUCGAAUAAUAGGUUGACGUCACUGGGGUCUCUUGAACUUAGCCUUAUGCGUAACCUUCAGACUUUGAAUCUUCGGUACAAUAAACUUUUGAGUUGUUCUCAAAUACCUUCUUGGGUAUAUUGCAAUUUGGAAGGAAAUGGCAAAGGUGCCUCCAGUGAUGAUUUAACCAGUUCUUCAGUUGAAAUGGAUGUAUAUGAAAGUAGUGCUCAGGAUAAUGAUGGAAGCGUUUCAUAUAAUGGCUCUUAUAAGACCUCAUCAGGCAUCUUAGCUGUGCCAUUGUCAAAUAGUAGAUGUUUUGCUGCUCGGAGAUCAAGUAAACGAUGGAAGAGGAGACAUUACUUGCAACAAAGAGCUCGACAAGAACGUCUAAACAACAGCAGGAAGUGGAAAGGGGAAGGACAUACUGAAGUGUUAAAAAUGAAGGCAGGUGGAGAAGUACCGGGCAAUAAUGAUGUCCUUACCUGUGGCACUUGUGCAGAAGCUGUAUCAGAACUUAUAGGCGAAGAUGAUGACAAAAUAUUACUUAUAUCAGAAGCCAAAGAUGAAAAAUUGAGUACUGUUAGACAUGGGAAUGAUACACUUACUUCAGAAAUCUAUGUAAAAAGAAUUACAUCAGUUGGUCACGAGUCAAUAAAAAAAGGUAGUGAAGCUCAAUGUUCUCAGCUUGAUGCAUCUUUAGUCCCGGUAAGAGGAGCUAUUGAGCAGGAUGAAGGCUCAUCUUCUGAAAUAUCCAUGUUUAAUUCUAAGUUAAAGAGGCAUUCUGAUAGGGAUCCUAAUAAUCCCAAACCAUGCAAGUCUCAAAAACCAACAGAUUAUUGCUCCAAUUUAUCACAAAAGUAUAGUACCACUUCAUUUUGUGGGACUGAAGACCGUCUACCAGAUGGCUUUUAUGAUGCCGGACGUGAUCGGCCUUUCAUGCCGUUGAAUAGCUAUGAGCAGAUUUUUCAUCUCGACUCACGUGAAGUAAUUCUUGUUGACAGGGAAAGAGAUGAAGAGUUAGAUGCAACUGCUCUCUCUGCUCAAGCUUUGGUAUUUCAUUUGAAGCACUUAGAUGGUUUAGCUAAAGAUAAAGAGCGGGUUCCUGUUGAUAACUUUCAGAUAGCAUCAUUGCUUGCCCUUUUUGUAUCGAAUCAUUUUGGAGGGAGUGAUAGAAGUGGUAUUGUAGAAAGGACUCGAAAAGCAGUAUCUGGUUCUAACUAUAAGAAGCCUUUCAUCUGCACUUGUUCAACUGGAAAUGGUGACAGUGCCAGUGCAUCUAACAAGACCUUGGAUACUGUAGAAGAUGUUGUAUUCUCUGAGCUUUGUGAGAGAUCUUUACGGUCAAUAAAGUCAAGGAGGAAUUCCAUCAUUGUUCCGAUAGGUACUCUUCAAUUUGGCGUGUGUAGACAUAGAGCACUGCUCAUGAAGUAUCUAUGUGAUCGGAUGGAACCACCAGUUCCUUGUGAGCUUGUCAGGGGCUACUUGGAUUUCAUGCCACAUGCCUGGAAUAUCGUUCCUAUAAAGAGGGGUGAUUCAUGGGUUCGCAUGGUGUUUGAUGCGUGUCACCCACUUGAUAUACGAGAAGAGAUGGAUCCUGAAUACUUUUGCCGAUACAUUCCCCUUAGUCGAGCAAAAGCUUGUCCUAAAACUGAAUGUAGUCCUGUCUUGAGUUCUUUCCCUUCUAUGACAUUAAGCGAUGAAAUUCAAAGAGUGGCUUCCAGUUCUCUCAUUCAAUGCAAAUUUGGAUCGAUGGAGGCUGCAGCAAAGGUGCGCACUCUAGAAGUAAAUGGUGCUUCAUUUGAUGAGGUGAAAAAUUUUGAGCACAGUUGCCUGGGGGAAGUAAGAAUACUGGGUGCUUUGAAACACCCAUGCAUAGUGGACAUGUAUGGACAUCAAAUAUCUUCAAAGUGGAUUCCUAUAGGAGAUGGAAAGUCAGAAUGUCGAAUUUUGCAGUCUGCAAUUUUGAUGGAGUACAUAAAAGGAGGAUCUUUGAAGGCUCAUAUUGAGAAACUAGCUAAAUCUGGUGAGAAGCAUGUCCCUUUGGAUUUUGCAUUGUGUAUUGCACGUGAUAUUGCAUCUGCAUUGGCAGAGUUGCACUCAAAGCACAUUAUUCAUCGUGACAUAAAAAGUGAAAACAUUCUAAUUGAUUUGGAUGGGAAGAGAGUUGAUGGGAGCCGUGUUGUGAAGCUCUGUGAUUUUGAUAGAGCUGUACCUCUUAGGUCUUUACUGCAUACAUGCUGUAUUGCUCAUUUAGGGAUACCUCCUCCUGAUGUUUGUGUUGGAACACCUCGCUGGAUGGCUCCUGAGGUUCUAAGUGCAAUGCAUAAGCGUAAUCGGUAUGGACUGGAAGUGGACAUUUGGUCUUUUGGAUGCCUUCUUUUUGAAUUACUGACUCUCAAAGUUCCUUAUUCUGGGUUAUUGGAGCUGCACAUUCAUGAACUUCUUCAGAUGGGAAGACGUCCAACGCUACCUGAAGAGUUGGAGAUAUUGGAAUCAUCGAGUGAAAGUGCAAUGACCCAAUCUGGAACAGAGCUUGAUGGAACAGAAGCUGAAGUAGAAACACUUAGAUUUCUUGUUGACGUGUUCCGUCGAUGUACGGAGAAAAAUCCCACUGAUCGCCCUACAGCUGAAGACCUUUAUGAUAUGUUGCUCAAACACACAAAUGAUUUCAGGAAUUCGGGGAACAACCAACCAACUUCAUGGAACUUUCAACAUUCAGGCAAGCACAUCAACUAGUCAUAGAAUCCUGAAGUUGUCACUUAAUUUUAUGCUGAUAUGUAGUCUAUGACAAUAUAGCAUUCUGAUUAAUCCUAUUCAAAUUCCCUUUAAAAAAAAAAUCCUGAAAUUGUAGUCCACUGUCUCUGUUGUUGCCUUAACGCACAGGAGUUAUUGAAAUUCUCGAAAGGCCUUUGAGAAAAGAAGCAAAUAUGACUUUUUUAACUUUAGACAUUUUUUCUUCGAAUAGGUGGAGUAAAUAUGAUUAUUCUAUACCCAAAAGAAUCCUAAAACUGAUGCUCCUCAACUUGGGCUUGUUAGGUGUUGCAAUCAUUUAACCCUUCCCUUCUCUACCGAAAGAAAAAAGUUGUCCAUCUUUUCUUUCCAAUAAUCAUAAUAAAGCAUAUAUAAAAGAG